AUGGAGAAUACAGCUGCUGAGGAUGCCAAUGCCAUCGAUGAUGAUGAUGUCGUAGUUACUGCUAACCAUGAAGACAUUCAUCCUUCCACCUCUGCAUUUCCAAUUGUUGGUGAUGAUGAUGAAGAUGACGAUGAUGAUGAUGAGGACUCUGAACCUCAAAUUCCAGAUGCAGGUACUGACCUUAGUGGUGAUGACGAUGAUGGAGAUGACGAUGAUGAUACUUCUAUCCAAGUCAUUCCAAGACAGCCUGUCAAAGGAAUCUUCUUCAGGGAACCUACAUCAAAGGGGGAGAAAUCAUCAGAAAACCAACACUCCUCUGGUAAAAGGAAAGAAGUGGCUGAAGAAAACCUCAUCCUAAUUCUUGGGGCAAUCAGUCAUUCUGAGGAUGUAAACACUUCCAG